GUCGUGGGCUUGUGCGCGGUCAUGGCGACGCAUGACGGAAUGGAUCGCCCGCGUUCCCCCAAGAAGAGCGAAGUCUACGAGAAGCAGCUUCUGAACCGCUCGGCGUCCAUGGAUCCAGUAUGGCAAGCGGCGACAUCUCAAAUGGCCAAAAUGAAAUGCGCCCGUGUGCUUCGCGUGCGUCGGUAUCGGAUCGAGCAAUGCAUGACGCUCUUGUCCCUGGUCAGCGUGUUCGCAACGAUUCUCGUCAUGCAGUUCGAAAUCGUGUCCUCCACCCAUGUUGUGGAUGUCUCGAGUCUACGCUUCGACACGGUCGUGCUUGUCUUUCGAACCAUCGUCUCCGCCACCACGUUGUUCUUGAUCGGGCUGAUCCUGUUCCGUGCCGACACCGUGUGCAAACUUCGCAUCGUCACCUUUCGACUGCCUCCCCACACCAAAUACUACCACCCAUCCGCUGGCCUGCUCAUGAAAAUUCUGUUUGAAGUCGCGCUCGUGUCGGUGCAUGUUCCACCGGGCUGGAACCAUCCGUUCAUGGACACGCGCUUCAUGUCGGCGUCCAUUCUCAACACUACAACAGGAUUGCAAUCAUGUCCUGACGAGUCGCACCGGUUGGCGGGUUCGUUUUGCUACAAGGACCUUCCCUGGCCCAGCUCUCAACUCGAUGUGGUCGUGUUUGUCCGACUGUACAUGCUGUUUCGAUGGCUGCGACACCGUCUGGGCUUUGAAUCUGUCGACAUCGAAUGGCUCGGUCGGUCGUCCUCAACAUCAAAAAUCGAUACGCUCAUACAUAUAUAUGCCCUCGUUGUUUCAGGCACGGAGUGGCAUGUUCAAACCCAAUCGCUGGCGUUUACCGUCAAGUACAUGUUCCGCAAGCAUCCAGUGCGGUUUGCCGCCGUGGCCUUUGCGACAACGUGGAUGUUUACGAGUGUUUUGGUCGAAUUUAUCGAACACGCAAUCAACGUCGACCUCGACUCGACCGUUGAAGCGCUGUGGCUGCUCGUGCUCACGAUGUCGACAGCGGGCCUGGGCAGCAUCCCCCCCAAGUCGUUCCAAGGCCAAGUGGUUGUGGCUAUGGGUGGCAUCGUCGGCGGUGCCAUCAUUAGCGCCCUCAUCACGUCCGUCCUCAUCCAAUCGCUGCGCGUGACCGACGCCGAAGCCGCCGUCGUCGACAUCCUUGUCGCCCGCCACGUUCAAACCGACCACCAAGUUGCCGCCAUCCACGUCCUCGAGCGGUUUGGUCAGUAUGUCGUGCUCUUGACUCGACACGCGACGACAAGAACGGCCCUCCGACACGCGAAAACGCAUCUCUUUUGGUCCACAGUGACAUUCCAAGCCAGUCGCCACGCCCUCGCCCAUUUGAACCAAUCCGCGAUGCAUGUGCUGGACCGCAAGACCGCGGCCGUCAAGUUCCGCACGACGGCGCUGCUGUCGGCGCCGACCGCCGCGCACACGGCGGCCUCGAUGGACGCGCUGGAGCGAAAGAUGCAUGCCGUGCACAGCACCCUGCUUGUGAAUGCGAUGGCACACCGCCCUGGACACUCCCAUCGGCACCCCAAGGGUGGGUAAUGGGUUGGUACAGUAGUAGUAUGUACUACGAGUUGGAACUAGUACGAGUUAAAUCCCACAGAAGGGGUACAAAGUACACGACAUAGCGUGUUAGCAGUUGUUAGCUC